UGCAUGUCGCCGCGGUCUGCUCCGCCCUCCAUCAUGGCUGCGGCUCCUGUGUAGAGCGGGGCCGGGAGACAAGGAGGAUCUCAGCCCCAGCAGUGGCCGCAGGAGCUCCCAUUUCUCUGACCAACGUAAAGCUAAUGGCGUCUUCUGUCGCAGUGCCUGUUGGGUUCCACUAUGAAACUAAAUAUGUGGUUCUCAGCUAUUUAGGGUUCCCCUCGGAGGAAAGGCUGACUGUGGAGCUUCCUGUGUCAGGAUCAGGUGCCACACAUCUAGUGGUGACCCCCACACUGCCACAAGAUGAACUGGACAAGGUGAAGGUUCUUAUUGAAGAGGAUCUGAAGCGGCUGGAAGAAGAAAUAUCUGCUGAAUUCUCCACCACAGGGUUUGACAUGCACACGUCUCCAGUCUUCAGCCCAGCCAGUCCAGACACUUUAGUGGAAGAAUGCCUGACUCAUCUGUCAGAGAAGCUGGUUCCUGAGAUCCAGCAGCCCUUGAACAAAGCCCUGGAGAAACUCUUGAGUGGGUCCCUAACAUAUGAGAUAUUCAGACAACAAGCUGAUGAAACUGCCCUACAUACGAGUGGCUGGAAUAAGGUUCUCGUGCCUCUGGUUCUCCUUCAGAGACUUUUACUGGAGCUCACAAGACGUCAAGUGAAAUGUCUGGAAAAUCUAGUACAGCUUGGGGUCAGAUAUAUAGAAGAAGUAUCAUCAGACUACAUCAUACAGCAAGGAGGAUGGGGUACAGUUUUCAGCCUGGACUCUGAGGAAGAAGAGGUCCAAGGACUUAUUGCUGAAGAUAGCAACGAUAUCUACAUAUUGACAAGUGAUAACUCUGAGCAGGUGAGCCCACCAGAAAGUUUAGCUGUCUCAGAGUCCUGGCACACAGAGAGCCUGCCCACCACCUCCCUGGGUCCCGAGUCCUGGCAACAGGUGGUGAUGGAUCCCGAGGAGCUGAAAAGUCUGGACAGCAAUGAGGGAGGUGAGGAAAGAAGUGAGAAUAACUCUUCCAACUCUGACAUUGUCCAUGUGGAUAAGGAAGAGAUUGCAGAUGUUAUAGAAGAGGCUGCUGUAGUGGAAGAGACUCUGGCCGAAGAAGAAGAAAGCGAGAGGGAAGAAAUGGAUGUCAUAGAAGUUUCUGAUAUUAUUCCAGCUGUCAUGGCUGCAUUCCAAGUGGCACCUCCGGAAGAGGAGAAGACCCCUUCAAAACCUACAUCACUCUCUGAGUCUCCAAUAGUAGACAUAGCCACAAAAGGUGAUCCAGAGAACGUACCCAUUUUGCCUCCAUCAGAUGAUAAAGAAACCAAAUCAGCUUCACCAUCAGAACCAGAGAAGACGGAACCAUCUUCACCUCAACCAUUAUCUCCAUCUCCCCUUCCAGGAGAAGAAGGAAAGCCUGUUCUUCUCCAGGAGGGAAAAUCAAUCCUCCUCUUUGGAGGUGCAGCAGCAAUUGCCAUUUUAGCAGUGGCAGUUGGAAUGGUAAUGGCACUGAGGAAGAAGUAGCAGCCAAUCAAAUGUCUGCAUUCCCUUCCAUCCCAAUCUUGUGAUCAGUCCCCUACUAUAUGCAGCCUAUAACUCCAUCUGGCUUUAGCAGUAUAAAGGUUUAAAACGGCAAUCUUACUCAAAGGCAAAGGAGUUUCCUGGGGUGGGAUCCUUCUGAUUUGGAUGAUUUAAUUUACUUGCUGUUGAGGGGAUGGCUGUCUAGUUGCACUCCAGUGCUAUAAUUAAAAGAAAAUUAACUGUACUAGCUUUAAAGGCUGUUUAAAUGGCUACAACUUCCAUCACUGCCACUGGCCAAGUAGUAAUUGUAACAAAUGGUUUAAAGUGGCUUCAUCAUGAAUUGCUGUUGGCCAAUUUAAAAAAGAAAAGGAAAAAAAAAAGGUUAAAAAAUAAAAUCUGCACAAAUGGGGUAGAAAUAGCAAGAAUAAUCUGGGUGUGGUUCGUGGACACCAGUAUAUACUCCCAAUUUUAAUUAUAAGGGUUGGAAAUGUAAUUGCUUAUUUCAAAGCAUAUUUUUAUGUUUAGGUAAAAUGAACCAUUGAUUUAAAUUUUUCUCUCUCAUUUUUGUGAAUAAUACUUCAAAUAUAUAUUUUUGUGAAAUUUACAAGUGGGAACUUUAUGCACCCAUUAAAAAAUAGGGCUUUUUAGUACAAUUUCCCAUGUCCCAAAUGGCCACUUAUGUUACAGUGGAGUACGAUCACUUGGACCACGCAAUUUGUUUGUUAGGUAACCCAAAGCUAGAAAGCCUACAGUGCAUUGUUGGAAAGAUAUAUUUAUUUUUUAUCAGAAAGCACUUAUUUUUUUGGAAAUAGAUAUUGUGACAUAUCUAAAGAUUAUAGGAGAAAUCAUCCCUCUAAGUUCCGAUCACACUAACUUUUAAAUAGACACAACCAUUAUUUGAGUUAUUUGUAACAUUUCUGUCCAGUAAUGUGUCCCACUUCUUUAAACAAUGCAGGCUCACUUGGAUAAAGUUGAAAACGUUUGAACAUAAAACAUGACUUCUGUCUCAUAUUGCUACUAGAGAUUGUUCAUUCCAUUUGUUCUUUCAUAAUCAACGUAAUUUGCUAGUAAAGACAAGUUUCCGGGG